UGUUUCCGAGAACGUGUCGGACAGUUCCAAAAAAAGUAUCGUAAAUAUGGAAACAAACAGUCAAAUUUUUAUUCAACCCUCUCAAAUGUAAUUAUACAACCACUUAAAUUCGUUAGACCUCACGGUAAAAUGGUGCGAUUUAUGCGACAAAAAAUCAAAAUGUAUUCUAUCUUUGUAGUCGAAAAUAGAUUGGUUAUAGAAAGUAAGGGAAAAAAUAAGAAGAAAGGAGCAGACAAGUUCAAAAGAAGAGUUAGUCUUUACAAAACAGAUCAAUUAAUGCUAAUAAGAGAAUAUUGAGAAUUAACUUGAAGAUUUUGAUUUUGUUUCGACUAAAAUUGCAAUGUUUUCUUCACUAAUUCAUAGUUUAUAAAUCGACGGGAAAGAAAUGACUUAAAAAGUAAUGUAUGACUUUGAAGGGAAUAUCAAAUGUACAGUUUCUCAGGCCCUGAGGACAUGGGUGUUGUCGUUUUUGACGCACACCUAGACGAUAACAACAAUUGACGUCUUUGAAAAUUACUCGAGCAAAACUCUCUUACAUCUGGGCUAGAUUGAGCGGUACCUUAACCUAAUCUCAAGUCUAACGAACGGAUAGAAUACAAGACUCUCACCAAAAUCUACACUGUACACAUUGAUCCACCACACAGACUUUUGAAUAUUCAGGUUGGCCUCCAUCAAUACAAAUGAGAAGUCUAUGAAAACAAUCACCUAUGGCUAAUGUGGAGCCUCGGGGCGUCAAGACUGGAGAAAGAGCAGUUGCUGUCGAGCCCAUCCCAGACUGGGGCCCUGCUCUGCGAACCUGGAAAUGGGCCUGGGACUUGCAUUGGAUUGGGUUUGGUUCCCUUUUCACUCUGUUCGCUGUAUACUCUUUUAUCACGUUCAUUGAAACUAUCAAUAUUAAAAGGCGAACAAAACGAGGGAAACUGUCGCUUGUCAUCACAAGUCUCCUGGUCAUCUUCGGCUUAGUGCGUGGAUUAUUUUUGUUUAUCAAUCCAUACGAGACUAAACAAUGCAACUUACUUCCGAAGUGCCCGAUAAUAGUGAGUCGGAUUUUGUUCGGAAUCGCGCUGCCGUGCAUUACGGCGUCGUUUUCACUGGUUCAUUACGCUUUCCUUCAAGUGAUCAAGCUUAAGCUUUACCCAGAAAGACUUCAGAGUGGAAAAUUCCUCACUGGCGUCAUUGUGUUCCAUUUCAGCCUCUCUAUCUUCGCUGAGACAAUGGUUUCUCUUUUCGCAGACUGGAAAACUCUCGGCAUACUUUGCCAAUCAUUCUACAUCGUGUUCUACUUCUGUCUGUCCAUUAGCUUCAUAUACAGUGGUGGGAAGAUUGUCAAGUCCGUUCAAAAGAACCAUGCCCACGUGAUCCGUCUUGGUAUAACAAGCGUACGCACAGGCGCCGAUGGGAAGGUAGAAGCCUAUCGGCCAAACGUAUCAAAACUCGUCAAGAUCACUUACAUCACGGUUUUCUUGGGAUUUGCCAGCUGUGCACUACAGCUGUACUCGAUCAUAGGCGUCAACAACAUGUACUUGGACAGAGAUAAGCCCCCAAAGCCCUGGCCUUGGUUGAUAUUUCAAACGUUAUAUCGCGCAGUGGAAUUCGCCGCAGCUUGUACUUUGGCUUAUGUGGGCCCGAGACAAGUCGGCCCUAAACGUUUUCAGUUCAUACGCUGUCCUUUUUCCACCUGCUAUAAAGAGAAUCAGAAGGCGCCAACUGGCUCCAACGAUAGCAAUGAAAGGUUUUCAACUCAUCUUGUGAGCGGCGAUGGCUCUUUGCCGAGGAAGUUACAAACUGUAUAAAAUUUUAUGAUGGGCGUCAAAGUAAUCUGGAUUUGCAGGCCACACUGCGGCUUUUACGUUUUACUUUUACCUGUGGUAGCACUGGAUCCCAUGUGAUAUUUUGCUCUGAUCAAAUUUUUGCGAUUUCAAUAGGAAAAAAUGAAAUAGAAUUGUAAAUAAAACUGUGGCGGAAAAGAGACAAAAUAUUUGAAAGGGUCACAUUGACAGAUAACAUACGAGAAUAUACAUUUAGAUUGAUGAGAGAUAAAAAUAUUUGAAGAGAAUUUUAUAACUAUUAGAACAUGACAAUGAAAAAAUUUAGUCUAUAUAUUUAGUCUAUAUUCUUAUUUGUUCUCAGUGUAGUCUUCAUUAAAAAAGAUAAAAUCCA